GGCGGGGCGGCCAAACCUGGUCAAUUUGGCGGUUCGUUUCAACAUGGCUGAGGCGAGCAACGAGGAGGCAUCUGCAGAAAAAAGGCCUGAGGACUCGGCUCCGGAGUCUGUGCCGCUCGACGCGACAGUCUCCAGGGUGAACCUCCUCGACACCUUGGUGGACACUUUCCUCCAGAAGUUGGUCAGCGCCGAGAGCUUUGCCUGUCUCCCUGACAGCUACCAGAGAUUCACCGACUGUUACAACCACUUCCACCAGUUGCAGCCUCAGAUGACACAGCGGGUCUAUGACAAAUUUGUAACUCAGUUGCAGACAUCCAUCCGGGAGGAGAUCUCAGAAAUUAAAGAGGAAGGGAACCUAGAAGCUGUCUUGAACUCUUUGGAUAAGAUUAUAGAAGAAGGCAAAAACCAUAAGGAACCAGCCUGGCGACCUAGUGGAAUCCCAGAGAAGGACCUGUGCAGUGCCAUGGCACCCUACUUCCUGCAGCAGCGGGAUACCCUGCAACAUCAUGUACAGAAACAGGAGGCCAAGAACCAGGAACUGGCCAGUGCUGUCCUGGCAGGACGCAGGCAGGUGGAAGAGCUGCAGCAACAAGUGCUCGCCCGUCAGCAGGUGUGGCAGGCUCUACACAAAGAACAGAGGGAGCUGCUGUCACUGCUGAGGGUCCCUGAGUGAGGAGCUGCUGGGCCCUAGUGCAAAGGCAGUCGACGUCAAGGCCUGUCGGCUUGCUGGGCCUGGGCAGGUAGUCUUGAGUACAGCUGAGGAGGUGGCAGUGAUGGAGGCCCCACUUCUGUUGAGUGUGGGGUUUUGGUGGGGUCAUCCACACACUACUUCAGAUUUCUGACAUCGUCUCUCCCUGGAGGCCUGGCACUCCCACCCCAGGCAUCAGGCUUUCUCUCCUGGAGCUGCCCUCUCUCUGGCUCCUGAUCCCUCCCCGACUGGACUGGGGGUAGUGUUUUCAAUCUCUGCUGAUUGCCCCUUUGCUAGCCAGCCCAAGGGCCCUUGCCAUGUUCUCCCCACAUCCAUAAAUAAACUUCCUCUGCUGCACUAUAAUCUGUGAGGAUG